GGUGACGUCACGGAGGCGCGACCGGGCCGGCGCUGGGGUAAGGAGCCUGCUGAGGGAUGCCCAAGAAGUUCCAGGGUGAGAACACCAAGUCGGCAGCGGCCCGGGCACGGAGGGCAGAGGCCAAGGCGGCCGCUGAUGCCAAGAAGCAGAAGGAGCUGGAGGAUGCCUACUGGAAGGACGACGACAAACACGUCAUGAGGAAGGAGCAGCGUAAGGAGGAGAAGGAGAAGCGGCGCCUCGACCAGCUGGAACGUAAGAAGGAGACACAGCGCCUGCUGGAGGAGGAAGACUCCAAGCUCAAGGGCGGCAAGGCGCCGCGGGUGGCCACGUCCAGCAAGGUCACCCGGGCCCAGAUCGAGGACACGCUGCGCCGAGACCAUCAGCUCAGGGAGGCCCCGGACACAGCUUCUCCUGCCAGUCUCUAUCUCAUCUCCUUGGAACUGUGCAUCUUUGCUUAUCUCUCUCUGUCUCUGUCACCCCCCCCCCCCCCCCCCCCCCAAAAGCCAAAGCCCCCCGGGGGGGGCCCCGGGGGGGGGGGGGGAACGCCCCCGGGGGGGGGGGGGCUCCCGGGGGGCGGGGCCGGGCUUUUCGGGCUCAGCGUGGCAGAGGAGGCGGCCGACCGGCACCCAGAAAGACGCAUGCGGGCAGCCUUCACAGCCUUUGAGGAAGCCCAGCUGCCGCGGCUCAAACAAGAGAACCCCAACAUGCGGCUGUCGCAGCUGAAACAGCUGCUCAAGAAGGAGUGGCUCCGCUCUCCCGACAACCCCAUGAACCAGCGGGCUGUGCCCUUCAAUGCCCCCAAGUGAGCCCAGAACUGGGGGAGCCAGUUCACCCACGGGUGGUCCAGGUCACGACUCUGCAUGCCCUUAUGCCAGGUCAGCUUCAGGGGUCACAGAGCGUUCCGGGGGGCCAAGGCGUCGGGCCCCGGGGCCAUGGUCUUAUCACCAGCCACCCGUCCUCCCGCCAUAGGAUCCCUGUCCCAAGUGACACCCCACCCCCUCCCAUCCCCCAGCGCGUGUGUGUAGAGCCUCAGGGCUGAGUGCCCAAUAAAGGUGGCGGCAAGGCUGCAGUGAGGCA